AUGGGGGGCAAUGGCUCGGCCCUGAGGGUCUGCACAGAUCACAGAGGAGGUAUCAACUGGCUCAGUCUGAGCCCCGACGGCCGGCGGCUGCUGACAGGCAGCGAGGAUGGCACUGCUCGCCUGUGGAGCACCGAUGACAGCCAGUGUCAUGGACACUUCCAAGGCCAUGAAAGCUACAUCACUUUCUGCCAGUUGGAAAAUGAAGCUGCCUUCACCUGUAGUGCUGAUCACACCAUCAGAAAGUGGGAUGUGGUCACUGGGCAAUGUUUGGCUGUUUACCGAGGACAUACAUCAAUUGUAAACAGGAUCCUCGUUGCCAAAGACUACCUCUUCAGUGGCUCCUAUGACCGAACGGCCCGCUGUUGGAGUGUGGACAAGGAACGGCAAAUCCAGGAGUUUCGGGGUCACCGGAAUUGUGUCCUGACCUUAGCCCACUACUCGUCCAAGGACAUCCCAGAUGCAUCCUCGGAGCAGGGAGAGAAGGCCAGUGGAGACUUCCUAGUGACGGGCAGCACGGAUGGCACAGCCAAAGUUUGGUGGGUGUCCAGUGGGUGUUGCUACCAGACCUUGAGGGGCCACACUGGGGCUGUCUUGUGCCUUGCUCUGGAUGAACUCAACCAGGAGCUGUUCACAGGCAGCACCGACUCUACCAUCCGCACUUGGAACCUUGUGACUGGAGAGCCACUGAAAGUGUUUAAAGAGCAUCAGGGAUCAGUGAUCUGCCUGGAGUUGGUGAAUCGUCACUUGUACUCAGGAAGCGCAGACAGAACCGUGAAGUGCUGGCUGGCAGACACAGGGGAGAGCGUGCGCACGUUCAGGGCCCACAAGCACAGCGUGAGUGCCCUCAAGUACCACGCUGGCACCCUGUUUACGGGCAGUGGAGAUGCCUGUGCCCGAGCCUUCAAUACUGAAUCCGGUGUGCUACAACGAGUAUUCCGGGGCCAUACCUUCAUCAUCAACUGCAUCCAGGUUCACAACGAGAUGCUCUACACGGCCUCCCACGACGGCACGCUGAGGAUCUGGGACAUUCACGGAGUCUGCAAGCAGAAUGUGCGCAGCCGCCCCAAGAGGGAGGGGCUGGCCCAGAGCCGCAGCACCCCCAAAAGGAGCCUCUCCCAGCUCUUCAACAACAAAGUCGGCUGCACGGUGAGCCCCCCUCAGGGAGGGGAGUGUGAGGCCAUCGAGCUGCUCUGACUGCAGGAUAUAGAAGGGGCCCUAGGGAGCCACCGCUGGCCAAAAGCAAGCUGUCCUCGGUACGCGGCAGAAGGGAAGUCUAGACGGUCCCAGGCUUGGAGAGUUUUUAAAUUGCUGAAUGAAGGUUUGGAGAUCCAUUUCCUCGGUGAGCUCAGGACACGGAAGGCCUUGUGGCCACGCUUCACUUGGGUCACAAUGGUAAAAGCCCCACUUCUUGCCCCAGCUGCUUCCGGGACUUCUGGCGGGGCCUGACAGAGGAGCCUGGAGGACUAGAUGAGCUCCCUAUGUGCUCAUUAUCAUAUAGCUGUCAUUUUAAACUAUUUUUAAAAAUUCCUCUCUGCAACCAGCUGCUGCCCAGCCCUGUUCUCAAGGAAACAAGAAAUGAAAAGAUUCAGUUUCAUUUCAUUACUUGGCAAGGGAUGAAUUGACACCGGCUCCCCUUUUCUCUUCUCCCUCCUCUGUCUUCCUCCCACCUUUCCCCAUUUUUCUCACGCCACCUAUUUCUCCUGCUUCUCUCCUUCCUCCUAUUUCUGCCUCUCAUUUCCUCCCCGUAUUGUCCCCAUUAGCUUCCCACUUCCAUCUUCCCAUGUUUCUCCCUCUCUUCUCUCCACUCCCUCACCUGCCCCCAGCACCCAUAUACUCCCUCCAACACUGGAGAUGACCAAGUGAAAGGGAGCCUUUGGUAGGGCAAGAAUGGCUGCCAUUCCUUAGACACUAACUUAGCCCAGCCCAGCUUCUUUCUUUGUCCUGGAUCAACGACGUGAGGGUGCUGGCUUGAGGACGAGAGAUCCCAGUCCCUCCACUCCUCAAGUCCUCCGAUGCCAGAGCCUUAACUCCCGAGCUGGAGAAGAGGCUGAGCACGAAACAUUAUUUUUCAAAACCUUUCCAAAGGGAACCAUUUUGAGCCGUGGAUGUGUGUGUGAUCGCUGUCAUUUUUCCAUUUUGGUCAGUGCCCUGUGAUUGAGGGGACUCCAUAGAAAACUGAAAUACAUGUCGUUUGCUUUCUUGGUGUGCUUUUCUUGACUUCAUUUUGGGGAACUAGAGGGCUAAGUCCUAUGUUUGUGCAGAGCACUUGUAAAUCCAGGGGAGGAAGGCUGGGUGGGACAGUGGCCUUGAAGUUCAGGAGGCCCCUUUUAUAGUCUCACCUCUCCCUCUGAUGCGCCCUGUGUGACGUGGAGCAAGUUAACUUUUCUGAGCCAUAGGCUCCCAGUUUG